UAGCCGAUCCCUUCCCGCGACUGCCGUGCUGAUGUGUCGGCUCCACCCGAACCCCUCGAUCACAUUAGUGCAGAUGACCAUACUCGCAAAAAAAGCUUCACAUCCCUCAGUGCUAUUUUCGGCCAAAACUCUCAGCGCUAUCAUCGCACACAAGCGGCACUAAAUCCCUUCAGAGAUUGCGGGCCGGGCAGCUGUCUGGGCCGGCCAAUCGCGGGCUGGUGGAAAAGACGAGGCCUUCUGAAGCGUCUCUCUCCGUCCACCUGCCCGCAGAGUUCACAGUUGCACUUCCUAACCAUGUCUGCGGUGGCUUCUCUGCAAUAAGCAAAGCAAAGGUUAUGCUGCCCAAAAGUUGCCUGAGUCCCAGCGAGAAAGAGAAGGGCUAACCCCUGCCGCAACUCAUCCCCCAGCAUUUUCCCGCAUCCCGUCAGCCAAACGGAGCCAUGAGCAACCACAGCGCUCCCAAGCAGGUCACGGAUAGUCCUGAGCCGUCGUCUCCGCACAGGCCGCCCCAACUGGACGAGGACGACGAUGGCGACCUGAACAAGGCGUUGGGGGUCCAACGUUUCCAGCACAUCCUCAGGCCUUCCACUUCCGUGCCAGACGAGCAGCACCACAACUACCACGAAGAGGACAUCGAAUACCACCGCCACUCCUCCCACCACAUCCACCGCCCUUUGUCCAAGUUGCCCCAGGACGGGCGCCACAAAAAGAGCAGCAAGAAGAGGCGUAAGGAAAAGGACCACAAGAGCACCCACGCCCCCGGCAGCGUGCCCGUCGAGGAGGUCGAGGAUGAGGACCAGCAGCAGGAGGAGGAGGAAGGGCAGGAAACCAGCGCCGCCUCCUCUUCCGAGCCGGUUGGGGUCAAGGAUGUGGAAUUCUUCUUGUCUGAUGACGACCACGUGGACGCCCCCACCCGGGAUCUGGACGUGGUCCCGCACUCCGCCGUGGGAGCCGAUCCUGACGACGGCACGUCCACAGAGAAGCCAGAGUUGUCAGACAUCCCCAGCUCGCCGCAUUCGGAUCACCCGCCGCUCGCCCGCUUGUCCUCGACAGGCCGCAGCUACGACCUGCAGGAUCGGCGGCGAACCGGCAACAUGACGGGCGCCGAGCAGGCCAAAUACCAGCGCAUCCCCACCGACGAGAUCGAGGCUCAGACACUCGUCUCCGCCGACCUGGAUGGCAUCAAGAGCCAUCGCUUCGAAGAUGUCCCCGGCGUUCGCAGACACCUGGUCCGAAAGAGCACCAAAGGCCAGGUGGUGCACACGGGCAAGGACCACAAGGAGUCCGCCACUCGCAGCCGAAAGCAGGACCGCACCCCGCAUGAGCCGACGCCGGUGGUUCUGUACCGCUCCUUCUCUCGGCCCAAAGGCGUCCUGCUGGACGCGGGCGCCAGCGCGGUGGCCGCCACGUACAAGAAGGUGUUCGUGGAGCUGAAUGAGCUGACCAUGGACAAGAACCAGGAAAUGCAGUGGAAGGAGACGGCCCGCUGGAUCAAGUUCGAGGAGGACGUGGAGGAAGAGACGGACCGCUGGGGCAAGCCCCACGUGGCCUCCUUGUCCUUUCGCAGUCUGCUAGAACUCCGCAAGACCAUCGCACACGGUGCCGUGCUGCUGGACCUGGACCAAAAGACCCUGCCCGGCAUCGCCCACCAGGUGGUCGAGAAGAUGAUCAUUUCAGACCAGAUUAAAGCCGAGGACCGCGCCAACGUCCUGAGGGCCCUGCUGCUCAAGCACAGCCAUCCGAGCGACGACAAGGAACACAGCAGCCCCUUCCCCAGGAACAUCUCUGCCGCAAGCCUGGGUAGCCUCAUGACCCACCACCAUGUUGCCAAUCAUACCCACACGCCCGAGCCCUCAGUCACCGACCCGCUGAUGAGCAGCGCACACGCGGCGGGCGACUGCGACACGCACAUUGACGUCGAAAAGAAUGACGUGCAGAAAGAGCCCACCGUGGUGUCGGGCAUGCAUCGCUCCAAGUCCAAGCACGAACUCAAGCUCCUCGAGAAGAUUCCUGAAAACGCCGAGGCCACCGUCGUCCUCGUGGGCAGCGUGGACUUCCUGGAGCAGCCCACCAUGGCGUUUGUACGGCUGCAGGAGGCGGUGGAGUUGGAGUCGGUGCUGGAGGUUCCCGUGCCCGUUCGCUUCCUGUUUGUCCUGCUGGGGCCCCCCACCACCAGCAUGGACUACCAUCAGAUAGGGCGCUCCAUCUCCACGCUCAUGUCCGAUAAGCAAUUCCACGAGGUGGCCUACCUGGCGGACGACCGGCAGGACCUCCUGAACGCCAUCAACAGCUUCCUGGACUGCAGCAUCGUGCUGCCGCCGUCAGAGAUGGGCGGCGACGAGCUGCUGCGCUCGGUGGCCCGAUUCCAGCGGGAAAUGUUGCGCAAGCGGGAGGAAGGAAAACUGCUGGCCGACGAACCCAAAAGCCUGGAGGAAAAAGAAGCCCUUAUCACGCCUUUCAAGAAGUCCGAUGACCCCUUGGAGCGCACCGGCCGGCCCUUCGGCGGCCUGAUCCGAGACGUGAGGCGGCGCUACCCAAACUACGUCAGCGACUUUAAGGACGCCCUCAACAGCCAGUGCAUGGCCGCCGUCAUCUUCAUCUACUUCGCCGCCCUUUCGCCGGCCAUCACGUUCGGAGGGCUGCUGAGCGAGAAGACGGAAGGUCUGAUCGGUGUGUCGGAGCUCAUCGUGUCCACCGCUGUGCAGGGCGUCAUUUUCUGCUUGCUGGGAGCGCAGCCUCUGCUGGUGGUGGGCUUCUCCGGACCGCUUUUGGUCUUUGAAGAAGCGUUUUACACUUUCUGCAAGUCCAGCGACAUGGAGUACCUGACGGGUCGCGUCUGGAUCGGCGUGUGGCUGGUGGUCAUCGUGCUCGUCACUGUGGCUUUCGAGGGCAGCUUCCUAGUGCGCUUCGUCUCGCGUUUCACGCAGGAGAUCUUCUCCUUCCUCAUCUCGCUCAUCUUCAUCUGCGAGACCUUCAUGAAGCUCGGCAGGAUUUUCAAGCAGCACCCUCUGAAGCGCUGCCACCUCAACCCGCUCCUUCCUUUAAACGACACGGCGGCCCCGAACGCCUCCGCGGAAGACGUCACAGCAAACCCGAUCAACAUCGGCAACAUCACCGCCCUUCCCGAGGUGACCAAGACCGCCGGCCCGACGGACGAACCCAACACGGCGCUGCUGUCGUUAGUUCUCAUGGCCGGGACGUUUUUCAUCGCUUUCUACUUACGCAAGUUCAAGAACAGUGCCUUCUUUCCCGGAAGGCUACGCAGGAUUAUCGGCGAUUUCGGGGUGCCCAUCGCCAUCCUCGUCAUGGUACUUGUGGACAACAGUUUAGACGACACAUACACACAAAAACUGAACGUCCCACACGGCUUCUCCGUAACCAAGCCCGAAAAGCGCGGCUGGAUCAUCAGUCCGCUGGGACGCGACGGGGAUUUCCCCGUCUGGAUGAUGUUCGCCUGCUGCCUCCCCGCUCUGCUCGUCUUCAUCCUCAUCUUCAUGGAGACUCAAAUCACCACGUUGAUCGUGAGCAAAAAGGAGCGCAUGCUGGUGAAGGGCUCCGGCUUCCAUCUGGACCUGCUCCUCAUCGUGGCGCUGGGCGGCGCCUCCGCGUUUUUCGGCCUGCCGUGGAUGGCGGCCGCCACCGUGCGCUCGGUGACGCACGUCAACGCCCUCACCGUCAUGAGCAAAGCCGUGGCCCCGGGAGACAAGCCUCGCAUCCAGGAGGUCAAGGAGCAGCGGGUGACUGGGCUCCUGGUGGCCGUCAUGGUCGGCAUGUCCAUCGUGAUCGGAGACCUCCUGCGUAAGAUCCCACUGGCAGUGCUGUUCGGGAUCUUCCUGUACAUGGGCGUGAUGUCGCUCAACGGCAUCCAGCUGAGCGAGCGCAUAAUGCUGCUGCUCAUGCCCCCAAAGUACCACCCCGACCACAGCUACGUCCGCAAGGUACGAACGCUGCGCAUGCAUCUGUUCACCUGCAUUCAAAUGGUGUGCCUGGCCGUGCUGUGGGCCGUCAUGUCCACGCAGGCAUCGCUGGCCUUCCCCUUUGUGCUCAUCCUCACCGUGCCCGUCAAAAUGUUCCUGUUGCCACGCAUCUUCACCUCCCGCGAGAUGAUCUGCCUGGACGCAGACGACGCCGAGCCGACGUUCGACGAGCGUGAGUGUCACGACGAAUACUCUGAGAUGCACAUGCCUGUGUGAACCGCCACCCCAGCUCCGGACCCGAGUAGCGCCACCCACUGGGAGGCCCCCCUCGGCACACCCAGCUAACUUCCUCACCUGCUGCCUGUGUAUCAUGUCCACAAGCAUUUACAUAAUACGUUUUUAUAUAAUUAUUAUUAGACUCUAUUUCAGGGGAUUCCAAAAUCGUGACGCAUUUACGCUUGAUCGACACGCAACAUGAUUCUUUUUUUGUUUUGUUUUUUUUAACCCUGAAAGGUUUGCUCUGAUUCACAUUGAAUAUGUGACGAACGUAGAGGAACGUUCGCACGCUGACUUACCGUUGCCUUACCAACAAGUGCCUUAUAUGAAGGAACUACUAAAGUGUGUACUUGGAGGACAUCUGGACGGCCUCGCCUUUCACUUUACUCGACGCUAGUAGCACUUUUUGUUUUGUAAAUGAAGACACCAAAUCAAAAAUGACUAUAACACAGUGUGAUUGUUUUGAAUCGUUAAAUCUCAUAACGCGUGUUUUUGUCAAGGUGACAGACAACCUGGAGGUGAUUUGUUGCAAUUUUCCACAUGUUCUUUUUUUUACGAUGCCCUCAAAUGCAAAAAGUUGAGGGAUGAUCCUUUGACGUUUUGCUUCAUUAUGUAGCAGUGACCAGAAAUGGUUAUUUUCUGUCUGUAUUUUUUCCCCCCAUAUAUACUAAAAUGCAUUGCAUUUGACAUACACUGUACAUUUAAAUUAGUGAUAAGGAACACAAAAUACACUGGUUUACAACUACAACAUAGCUCAAUAAGCUAGCAGGCUACUACCUAGUUCAGUAUAUUGUAGCUCCCUAGUUAGCCUGCCAAGCUAACUAAGGCGCUUCUACCUAGCAUAAGCUAUCCUAGACUAGUUAGCUUGAAACGAUAACUAGCAAGCUACUACUUCACCUAUUUAAACAAUUAUCUUUUAGAUUAGCUACCAUGACAAGCCUACGAACAAGCUACAGCUUAGUCUAUUAUCAUAGACUAGCUAGCUUGACAAGCUAAUUUAUGUGGCACUAGUUACCUCGUCAAGUUAGCUAGUCAAACUUGGUGAUUGCUACUUUGUUACUACAUGCGUGCUAGUCCCCUUGUCAGGCCAGCUAGUCUAACUAUAGUAACCAGCUAUCCCAUCACACUGCUUAGUUUAUCUGUCUUAACUUUUAUCCUUCCAUCUUACCUAGCUAGGUAAUCUAUCGAGCCAUCUUAAAUUUCCACACUAGUUCGCCUUAGCUUGCUAGUAAGCUUGUCAAGGCUAGCUAGUUUGCCUAUCUGAGCUCGCUACUUAGCUUAUCAAACUAGCUGACCUAACGGUGAGGUAAUGUAGUCAAAAUAGCCACCAGGGGGAGACAAAAACACUUUAUUAUUAUAUUAUGAUAUAUGGGGGUGGAAAUCAAGCACAGUAUAGGGCACUCGUCACGUGUUAUAUUUUUUUGCAGGAAUAUUUCGUCUUGCCAAACAAUUCGUCUGACAUCUAACCAACAUUCCACCAUUUGUUCUGAAAUGGGCGCCAUGACGAUCGUAGACAAUGAUAAUUCAAACGAGAGGAUAAGGCUCUUGAAAUGUUGUUUUUGUUUUGUGUUCGAAAAAAGAAAAAAAUUGUGUCCUGUUACUCAAGUCUGUGGUGACAUCACCAAAAAAGUGCCUGCGGGACCAUGAAGUCGUGAAUUAAAAGAGGUGACUAUUUAGCUGUUGCAUUAUCAGCUUUACCGCUUGUUCAUAUUCGUGGUCACACACGCGUUUAGUUUUAACGUUUGUUUGUAGUGCUUGUGAAUGAUGUGACAGUGUUUUGUGUACAUGUCCAUGAUGAGAAUGUAACAAAGAGGCCACUAGUGAAGCUCCCUGGUACAGUUGAUGCUUCAAAUGUUGAUGACAAAUAAAAGUUAUUUUCUAUUUA